AUGGUGUUCAUGAGUGUUGUAGAACAAUCCUUCCCAUACGCCGCAGGUGCCGAAGCAGUAGCAGCAGAGCGCCCCGCAGCACAGAGCGAGAGCAUGCCUUCCGAAGGAGGCGACACCCGGCUGGACAGGCCGGCUGGCUCGGAGUCAAGCCCGCGACCCGAAGACCAGCCCCGAUCGCCGGCGGACGUCAGCCUCAUCGACACCCUCGCGCGGGCCUUGCAGAGGGUCAAGAUUGAACCGGAGGAUGAAUACAGGGAAGUCCCAACCCCUAAAGAAGCAAUACGUAUCAGCGCAGGUAUCACUAUCCCUGCAUUCACCGGGAAGUUUAGCCCCGAGGACGAUGUACAGACGGCGGUAAUGGUCUUUACCAGUCAAUUCCGAUCUUUGUUGGAGCAGGAAUGUUGCCUUGGGGCAAUAGAAUCGAAAAACACAAUUCGUGUUGGAAAGACGGAUGCGGAUAUCUCGGCUUUGAAGGUGGAGCAUGGGACGGUUGCUGGAGAUAGGGCGGUUAAGGCUUGGCAGCUGAUUAUAUCCAAGAUACAAGUACCGACAAUAGUCCCUGCAAUCCUAGCUAGUGGUUGCCCCACUGAAUCGUGGGAUCAAUUUCUCAACUUUUACCGAGUGCACGCAGAAACGGACAAGUUGGAGUUGCAGGGGCAGUGGUACUCGUUGAAGCAGCAAGUAGGGGAGGAGCCCCGGCGCUAUCUCACAAGAACAUCAGUACUUCGCCAGAAACUAGAAGCGUACGGUUGGGUGCAAUCCGAUCAUGAUGCUAACGCCCGCUAUGUACGCAACCUUCUGCCCGAUUUCAAUGUGCAGAGGAGCGUGUUGUUGGCGCAUUCGGAGGUCAAGACGGAAUUGGUAGAGAAGGUGAUUCUGACUGCCUGGGCGGAGACGGAGGCCGCUAGGAAGAGGGCGUCGGAGAGCGUGGGGGCGUAUGCCCUCGUCACUGGCGGUGACAACCGCGGUGGCGGGGGCGGGAACAUGGGGGAUAGGGGGAAGAUGAGAGGACAACGGAGGACGGCAGCGCGGCAACAGCAGCAACAACCGCAGCAGCCACAGCAGCAGCAUCAGCCGUACUUCAAGCAGCAGCAACAGGGAAAUGAACCUCCCAUCCACCCGAAUGACCCUCGCAAGCGGUGUGAGAACUGCGGUGAACUCGGCCACAACCAUCUGUUCUGUCCUCCGCGUGUUGAUGUCGGAAGGCCAGCUGGCAUGCCGGCCGUUAACGCGCCGCCAUGGCCCCCACCGCCCCGGCCGCCGGCCGGUGGCUACAGCCAGCGCCCGCCGUGGGCCAACUCGUACGGGCAGACCAACACCGUGUAG